AUGAAGGCCAGCUCCUUAACUGUAAAGGAGUGCACCUGGACGACAGAGGAGUGCCAUCUAGUGGAGGAGCUGGGUGCAGCUGUGGAGACGGACACAUUUUGUUUGCCAAAUAUUUUCAGGUCCAGAAAAGUGAAGCCACGCAGGAAGACUCCAGUCACCCCGACAUAUCAGGUUUACUAUACAGCCAGAGAGCUCUUUCUAGAGGUUCUGGACAGAGAAGCCAUCUGGGAGCUGAUUAGGAGAGCUCCUGGAGUGAAGGCUGGAGAUCAGCGGCUGUCACACAGCAGAGAGCAAAGCAGCGUUCUCUCUGAGGAGUACGCCGAGGCGCUCAUGUGGUUUUCUAUAGUCCUACAAAGUGGUUUGUGUGUUGGAGAGAACUGCAGGUUCAGCCCAGAGCCGACUCAGAAAUUGGAUAAAUUACAAGGUCUUCUGAAGAGAAACAGCAUCCAGAGUAAAAUUUUGUCUCUGACCGAAUUGGAGGAUGGAGACAAGUUGGAAGCUCUGUCUGCUUUCUGCAGCCACAUAUUUAAACGAUACCAGGUUCUGCACUCUCCCGGCCCGAACCUGACGGUGACGAAAUACAGACUGUACCACCAGCAGGAUCUAACAGGAUCCUCUGUGGACAUAUUUCUCCCGGGACUCUGGGUUGCACUGCAUACCGUCUGCAUCAACACCUAUGUGCUCCACUCGCUACAACGUCUGCAGCUUUCAGGGAAGCAGAUCCAGCUGACCGAGUUCAGCCGUGCUCUGGCCUCCCAGCUGACUGCCGACCACUGCAUCAGCGUGCCUGUUCUGCCACUGCUGAACAGCUGCUCCUACCAGGAGGAAAGGGUGAGUUCAAACGGUGUUGCCACAGCAAUGGAGAAUUCCAGCUUACUGCUGAGAUUCCAGAAGAGAUGGAGGAGACCAGGAGUGUGCGGGUUGGAAAACUCUGGCAACUCCUGCUACCUGAAUGUCGUGCUGCAGUGUCUCUGCGCCACUGUGCCCCUUGUAGAACAACUUCUUCAUUGGGACACGCGCAAAGAGCUUGCAAAAUCUAAAUGCAGAGUGUCUGAAGUGUUCGUGCACCUGCUGGAGAUAAUGUGGCUGGGCGGUGGCUCCAGCUGCAGCCCUCUGGAGGUCAGGUCAGCGCUGUGCUCCGUCCUCCCCCAGUUCAACAAUGACUCCCAGCAGGACGCGCAGGAGCUGCUGCUCCUUCUGCUCAACACACUUCAUGACGACUUCAACAAGGUUGCACAGCGGCAGAUGCGCUCCUCAUUACAGCAGCCGAGAAGGGGCUGUUCCUUCAACUCAAACAUAGUCACACGUUUGUUUGAGGGCCAGCUGAGCUACAUGUGCAUCUGCAUGCACUGCCACCACCAAGCACACAACACCCAAACCUUCACGGUACUCUCACUGCCAGUUCCAAAGGACAGCAUCAAGUGCUCCAUUCAGGACUGUUUGUCACUGUUCUUCAAGCAGACCGUCCUGACUGGGGGGGAGCAGGCCAUGUGCUCAGUGUGCGGGCUGAAAAGGGAAACAGCCGUCAUCACGUGUGUGGACAGAGCUCCAGAGGUCCUCGUGCUGCAUUUGAAACGGUUUGGAUCCAAAGGGAAGAACCAGGUGAAACUCAGAACAAACGUUCUUUUCUUCACGGAGCUCGACCUCUCCCAGUUUCUGUCAGGCCUGGUGCCGAAUGAAUCAUCUUAUCACCUAUAUGCUGUUGUGAACCAUUCUGGUCACCUGACCAUGGGUCACUACACAGCUGUGUGCUACAACAGCCCAGCUCAGACGUGGCAUUACUUUGAUGACGCUGCAGUCAGUGAGGUUCAGGAGGACCGACUGCAAUCUCCAAAUGCAUACCUGCUGUUCUACAGCCACAAGCCUUUCCACAGACCGCGAAUCUCUGGGCUCUGAGUUAAGCUUCCUGUCAAAAA